CUCAAGCUUAAUGAAUAAUUUAUGUAACUAUAUGCUCAGCAUUAAACUUCAACUUCUGCUUUCCACUUUCUGCAUCCGCAAAUUCCCUCCAGCAUGCGCAAUCCCGUCCCCAAAGAAUUCUUGAGAACCAGGGCGGAACCAGCUUUUUUUUAGUUUAGGCAAAAUUUUAAUUUGUUAGACAUUUGAAUAAUUUAUAUCCACCGUCCUCCCUCCAUCAAAAGGAAAAUGCAGGCAGUAAACUCACCUCCCCUCCCCACCACUUCUCUUCCGCCGCCGGCGAUAGCUGACCACCGUCACCAUCUUCUGCUUCCCACUUCCGCUUCUCCCACUAACAUUCAUCAAUUCAAGCAACUCCACGCCAACAUCCUCCGCUCCGGCCAUGAACACUCCUUAUCUUUUCUCCUCUCAAAACUACUUUCUUUGCCCUUCCCUUCUCCUUCCUCACUCGACUACAUUCUUUCCGUCUUCCUCCACUCCCCACAUCUCGACCCCCGCAUAUGUCACCGCGCACUCCGGACCUUCUCUCGCGCUACCGAUGGCACUCACCGGGCUCUCACUGCGUACGCCGGCAUGCGACGUUUUGACGUUGAGGUCGACCGGUUCAUGUUUCCGACGUUACUUCGAGCGGCUGCCAGAGUUUCGGGUGGGGAUGGUGGACUUGUACGAAGGGAGGUUCAUGGAAUUGUUCUGAAGUUGGGAUUUCUGUCGGAUCCAUUCAUUCAAACAGCGCUUGCAGGGGCGUAUGCGGCUGGAGGAAUGAUUGAAGAUGCCCGGAAGGUGUUUGAUCGAAUGCUCCAAAAGGAUAUGAUCGCUUGGAACGUAAUGCUAGACGGUUAUUACCAGGCUGGCCAGUACAAUGACACCCUGAAGCUGUUUGAAGACAUGAGAAACUCUGGUUUAAUCCCCAACAACGCGGUUCUUUCCACCAUCAUCACAGCAUGCGGGCGCACUGGAAAUCUGGAUUUUGGGAAGGAAGUUCAUUCAUACAUUGUUGAAUCUAAAAUCUUGAUUGAUGAGCACAUUCAAAGUGCACUUAUCACAAUGUACUGCAAUUGCAACUCAAUAAGGACUGCUCAAAACUUGUAUGAUCAAAUGUCUCCUAAGAACCUAGUGGCUUCAACAGCCAUGGUUUUUGGUUACUCCAAGAUUGGAAAGAUUGAAAUUGCACGUUCCAUUUUCAAUCAAAUGCGUGAGAAGGAUCUUAUCUGUUGGAGUGCCAUGAUUUCAGGGUAUGCUGAGAGUGAGCGACCUGGUGAGGCACUUAGACUUUUUAAUUCUAUGUUGGCAAGUGGAAUGAGUCCAGACAAGAUCACAAUGUUAAGUGUCAUUGCAGCCUGUGCUCAUCUUGGUGCUAUCGAUCUUGCGAAGUGGAUUCACAUCUAUGCCGACAAGAAUGGCUUUCGUGGUAGUUUACCGGUCGACAAUGCUCUUAUUGAUAUGUAUUCCAAGAGUGGAAGCUUGACAAUGGCUCGAACAAUAUUUGAAAAGCUGCCUGAAAGAAAUGUUAUUACAUGGACAACCAUGAUCACUGGGCUUGCCAUGCAUGGGGAUGGAAGGUCUGCACUAGAAUUAUUUCAUGAGAUGAAGGCCAUGGGAGUUGAGCCCAAUGGUGUGACUUUUGUGGGCUUGCUCUAUGCUUGUAGUCAUUCUGGUAUGGUUGAAGAGGGACGACAAAUGUUCAAGUCAAUGAUGUUUGAGCAUAAGAUCGAACCAAAGCACGAGCAUUAUGGUUGCAUGGUAGACCUUCUUGGCCGAGCAAAGCUACUUCAAGAAGCACAUGAACUCGUAGAUUCCAUGCCUUUUCCACCAAAUGUAGUAGAGUGGGGGUCACUGUUGUGGGCAUGCCAGAACCAUGGAAAUGUUGUGUUAGGUGAACUUGCAGCAAGGAAACUUUUGGAACUUGACCCAGGACACGACGGCGCUUAUGUCCUUCUGUCGAACAUUUAUGCAAAAGCUAAUAGAUGGGAAAAAGUUGAAGAGGUGAGGAAGUUAAUGAAAGGAAGGGCUGUUUCUAAGGAAAAAGGGUGCAGUUGGAUUGAAGUGGAUGGUGAAGUGCAUGAGUUUCUAAUGGGAGAUGAAUCCCAUUCAAGGUCCAGUGAGAUCUAUAGGAAGUUAGAUGAGAUAGUCAAGGCAUUGGAAGUUGCAGGCUAUUCUCCUGAUACUGGGAGUGUGCUUAUCAAUUUGGAGGAGGAUGAGAAGAAGGCAACUGUUCUAUUACACAGUGAAAAGUUGGCCCUGUCAUUCGGGCUUAUUGGUUUGACUCCAGGAUCAUGCAUUCGAAUAGCAAAGAAUCUUAGGGUUUGCAGGGACUGCCACUCUUUUAUUAAGUUAACAUCAAUGGUUUUUAAGAGGGAGAUUAUUUUGAGAGAUAGAACUCGGUUUCAUCGAUUCAUGGAUGGCAAUUGCUCAUGUAAAGACUUCUGGUGAAUGUUAAUAAUUAUUUCUGAUUUUUAUCCUCCAAAGGCUCAUUAUUCACACUAUACUGUUUUUUACUUGAUAAUUAGUUCAAGUUCAAUUAAUUUUUGUAGGUUACUUU